CCAUGAGUUAAACCUUCUUUAGUUAGUAAUGAGGAAGGCGUGGGCUCCAGCAGUGGACACCCGAAGGCAGCAGUGGGUGAAAACAAACAAAAUAAAGAAAAGUUUGGCUGUGAGCUGCUAGACGGCAGGAAGGCAGCAGGAAGGUACAUCACCACCACCAUCACUACCACAGGGAAGUGAGAGAUGGGGAGGAGGAUUUAAAAGGACAUGUUUGCAGUGCGCUGUCAGCCCUCACCUGCGCCUCACCCGCCGCCUCCCCCAGUGAGCGGGUGUAGGCCUGGGAAUAGAACAUAUGCAGAUGUCUUGGCAGUGCUGUGUAUGUCUGUUUGUCGAUGGGCAAGAAGGAACGUAGCAAAAGUUUAAGUACGAUAAUAUGACCAAAACAAUCUGGCAACGCUGCACGAGACCGCAGGAACGUCUGCUCGCGCUGAUAGACUGUCACCGUGCUGCUCCGCCCAGCCUUGGCCAUCCACUGCAGACGCUAGGGCCUGCGGAAUCUGCCAAGAUGCUUGCUGUGCUCAUCUUUGACCAACUGAAUGAUGUUGUUUACCUGCGAUGUGACCAUAAGUUUGUGAGACAUGUCCGCUCCAUGGCCGCGGCACAGCGGUUGCUGGGGGAAGGCGAAGUGGACCUUGAUGAGGUCACUCAGCUGGAUCCCAACAUCGUGGUGCAGCUGUUUUCACCUCUUGUAACCUCUCAGCGCAUCAUGGCAACUCAGUUCAACAACCCAUAUACAUCUGUCUCCUGCCAAGAUGGAACCAAUGUAGUCUUCAAGGAGUAUGCUGGUUACCUGUUUGUUGGAGUUGCUCACCAGGAAGAGACUCACCUGCAGCGCAUUGUUAGUGUUGCAAUUAGAAUGGUACAGCUCAUAGUGGGCCCAUGUGUUACUAUCUUGAAAAAAAGUGAGGAAAAGUGCAGCCUCCUUGACAACUUACUAGAAGCAUGGCAAGGUUUGUAUGCCAAAGAACAAAGUUAUUUGGUUGAAGCAGUUGAGAGACUCAUUGUUAAUGCAGAGCUCUCAGCAGCUGCUGUCAAGUCCCUUGCUGCUGUGAUUGACACGAUGAAGCCAUGCAAGGAUCUUUCUCCAUGUCAUGCUAUGUUUUUUGUCAGAAACAAGCUGCUUGCUUUAUACUCCAGUCGAAGUGCUCCGGAGCUCAAUGCAUCUGACCUGCUGUUCCUAAACCUACUGGUGACAGCAAGUCAGGUCAAGGAUGGAGAUUAUACAGAGGAUACUGCACCCAAGAUGGUUGUGACGCCUGAGGAGAAAAGAGAAGAUGAUGGGAUAGAGUUAGACAGUAGUGACUCCGGAGAGUUCUAUAGCAUGCCCAACACUCCUUUACUGGGGAGGAAUGCCAGCCAUGGAGAAGAGGUAUCACAAGGAAAAAUCCGUAGCAAUGUGCUGCUGCUGCGGACAGAUUCAUGUCAGCUGACUCCUCAUCUUGUGCACUAUGAGACCCUCUCAGAUGGCUUGUCCUUAGUCAUUGUCUCAGAGGUAAAUCGCACGCAAAUAUCCAUACAGCUCCUUACGCUGUUAUCAGGCUUAGAAGAAAUACUGACAGGGGAUAUAAAUGGACAUGGAAAGUUGAUUCUGGAUGCAUGUGAAGCAGCUGUUAAAAAGUCUCAGGAUUUGGCUAAGCGUAUUCCAAAAGGGAAGACUUAUGAACGUGUCGAGAAAGCUUUGCAGCAGGUCCAGUUCCGUUGGGAUAACUUGAAGAGGAGUGGCUUGGAGGAAUGGCUGAAAGGCGGAGGAGAUUCCAACAUCCCAACUCGUGUAGAUGCCUCCCUCACCUCACUAGUAGACAUAGCACGCUCUGCAUGGCGGAUUGCCUGUCUUGGAAUAAAUGCUUCUGCCACAGCCUCUCAGGUAGAGUCUGCAGUAGCCAUGGCUUCAGAACACAUGGCUGACUACUGCCACUUUCUUGAGGUGAAGGCCUUAAGAAACAUGACACUAGGAUGCCGUUCAGCUCUCACCAUAAAUAAGUACUUAGAAGAUUUCCCUGGCCUAGUUCAUUUUUUGUAUAUUGACCGCUCAACCCAUCAACUGACAUCUCCCACCUUAUUACCAGAUGAGGCAGGGGAUGCACCUCAGGAGUCAGAAAGCCCAGCAAACAGAACCAGGUCCCUCACUGUUUCAAGAGUGUGGUCCAUGGUUGAGUUUGCUCGUUCCCAUUUGAGUAAGGGCCAUUUGUCACUUAUGUGGAAAGACACAACUUUUAAUUAUGCCUAUUUUUUAUGGUUUGAAGAUAGUAGUAGUAAUCCACUGAAACCUGGGGAAUUAGAUGAUGCCACAGAUAUGCUUCCUUUGCCUGGAGUGCUAUGUGAGGACUUCUACAGGACUCUUUGCACUCAAGCAUUUCCAGGCAUGGAUCCCAAUAGAAUACAUAUCUAUGAGCUCUUCUGUGUUCAUCUGGGGUUGGCCACCUCUCCCUGUGUGCUAGAACACACACGACGUCUUGCUGCCACCAUAUGGGAAGUGGCUGGACCAAUAGAUGCAAAUCCUGCAGAUCUUCUGUAAGUUUUGCCACUAGUAUUAUUUUCAUGAAAUCACAAAAUAAUCACCAAAUAACAUGGAGAUACUCUGAAAUAUUCCAAUACAGGACACCCUCAAUAUUUGCAAUGUCAUUUCUGAAAUCCCUGUAAAUAGCUAAAUUUAUUCUUAUGACAAUUUAUGUACCUCAUUAUUAUGUCACAAACAUUUUGUAGUUUUAGCCAGAUGUGAUACUAGAUGGCAUGUUGUGUACUGUGAUGUGAACAACUCUAAAUACUGGCCACUUGGUUUCUUUCACUGAUUGCCAUGACACAAAGAGUGACUCACCUCAUGAAUGUGUUUUGUUCAGUAGUCCAAGGAGACCCAGGAUCAGUGAGAGAGAAUCUGCUUUAUUGCCUUUGAAUGUAUUGGAGGUGGGAUGAGAAAUGAAUGAUUACAGCUUACAUGUGGAGUGUGGACUUGAAUGAGGCUGAGUGUUCCUCUUUCAUGAAUUAUUUUAGUAUUUGAAAGAAGAAUGGCAGUUUGCUGUUGCUUCUUUUUCAGUGUUUUAUUCAUAGCUCAACUACAGUGAACUCCUUUAAAAUGAAGUUCACAUCUGUGGACAUUUGCAAUAUUUUCCUUUUCAUUAUUUUUGGUGAUUUGUUUAUAGAAAACUCAGAUAUUGAUGGUGUCUUGUAGUGUUUGCCAAAGAUGUACCCAUAUGCAUUCCAGUAUCAGGUAGUGUUCUAGUAGAUAUUAUAAUUGUUAAUACAUCUGUUUAUUGUGCCAAAAUAUCUAGUGUAUUACUUUUUUUAAAGAAUAUAUUUAUAGAUUUAGUGUUAUAUUGGCAAUUAUGUGUAUAUUUUGUUGCAUUUAUGUGCAUUUGGUCAUGCAUUUAUAUAUUUUUAAGUGUUAGUGACAAAAUUUUUCUAUUGAAAUCUAUUAUAUAUUUAGCUAUGGUGUAGCAGCUAUUACAUCUGUCAUUGAGAAGUUUCUAGUCAUUGUAAAAGAUCUGAGUAUUACAUAAUCUGAAUGGUACUUAAAUUUUUACAUAGUGUUAUUUGUAUUUAAAAAUGAAAGCAAUGGAAAAGU